AUGAACAGAAUUCGGAUCCAUGUCUUGCCGUCGAGCCGAGGGCGCCUUACUCCCGUGCCGCGGCCGCAGGAGCCGCUGUCGUGUGCCUUGGCGUUCUCCCAGCCGCGGCUGGAGGGGCAGGAGUUCUGCAUCAAGCACAUCCUUGAAGACAGGAGCGCGCCUUUCAAGCAGUGCAGCUACGUCUCAACCAAGAAUGGAAAGCGGUGUCCGAACGCCGCCCCCAAACCCGAGAAGAAGGAUGGUGCGUCGUUCUGUGCGGAGCAUGCCCGUAGGAACGCUCUGGCGCUCCAGGCUCAGAUGAAGAAGUCCAAUCCUGGGCCUGCAAGCGAGACGCUCCUGUGCCAGCUUAGCUCCUACGCCAGGACAGAGCUGGGCUCCCAGACCGCCGAGAGCAGCCGCAGUGAAGCCAGCCGGAUCCUAGAUGAGGACAGCUGGAGUGACGGCGAGCAGGACCCCAUCACAGUGGACCAGACGUGGCGAGGGGACCCGGACAGCGAGGCUGACAGCAUCGAUAGCGACCAGGAGGAUCCCUUGAAGCAUGCUGGCGUAUACACAGCUGAGGAGGUGGCUUUGAUCAUGCGAGAGAAGCUGAUCCGCCUGCAGUCUCUCUACAUUGACCAGUUCAAACGGCUCCAGCACCUUCUGAAGGAGAAGAAGCGCCGAUACCUGCACAGCCGCAAGGGAGAACACGAAGCCAUAGGCAACAGCCUUCUGACAGGCCCAGAGGGGCUGAUGGCCAAGGAGCGUGAGAACCUGAAGCGCCUGAAGUGCCUGCGCCGCUACCGGCAGCGCUACGGCGUGGAGGCCCUGCUGCAGUCUCUCCUCUCCAGGACGCGAGUGUUGUGUAGCCGAGGGGCUCCUCUCUCGGCCUCGCAGGCGCACACCACCCGCUCCAGCCAGAGGUGCUUGGCCUUUGUCGACGAUGUCCGAUGCUCCAACCAGUCCCUCCCGAUGACCAGGCACUGCCUGGCGCACAUCUGCCAGGACACGAACCAGACGCUGUUUAAACCCUGUCAAGGCUCCGAGGAAGUGCCCUGCAACAAGCCGGUCGCCGUCAGCCUCUCCGAGGAUCCGUGCUGCCCGCUCCACCUCCGCUUGCCCCCGCAGAUGUACGUACCCGAGCAGGCGCUGGCCGUCCCCGAGGAGCUGGAAGCUGCCCCCACGGAGCUGUACCUGAGCGCGGCUGAGCUCCAGCCCACGGAGAGCUUGCCCCUGGAGUUCAGCGAU